GAUUGAAGAGCAUCAUAACGAGUUCCACCUCAAACCAUCACUUUCCCGUCUAACUUACCUCAAUGGUCUUACGAGUAGGCUACGUGCGGGAGCACUUCAGCUCGCCUUUGCUUCAAUAUGCCCAGGAGGACAAGGACCAGACCUUUACGCUUGUAGAAUGCCCGAGUGGUACCGGUCAACUUAUCUCGAGACUCUCGAACGACGAGAUCGAUAUAGCAAUUGCGUUGACCGAUCCUUUGAUCUCUGGUAUCGCGAAGGGCUCGACUCAAUACAAGCUUGUUGGAAGCUAUGUGACAACCCCCUUGAACUGGGCAGUCAUCACAGGUAAAGAUGCACCAUAUAAGGAGAUCCAAGACCUCAAGGGAACACCUAUCGGUAUCUCGCGACACGGAAGUGGAAGUGAGGUUAUGGCGUAUGUGAUGGGUUUGCAGUACGGAUGGAAUACCGAUGAGCUUCAGUUCAAAGUGAACAACGACAUUCGUGGUUUGAUUGAUUCCGUGAACGAUGGUUCAACGAGCGCUUUCAUGUGGGAGUGGUUCACCACUAAGCCAUACUCCGACGCAGGAGAAGUCCGCUUCAUUGGUUCCGUACCUACUCCUUGGCCGUCAUGGCUCAUCGCCGCUCACCCAGACCCGAAACGCGCCCCGACAGAGGCUGUCAGCAAAUUCCUCGCGACGUUGACUACCUACGUUCGAGCUUUCGACUCUCCUGAGAAGCGCGCCGGUGAGAAUGUCUCGUUCAUCAAGGACAAGUUCGGGUAUCCCGAAGAGGACAUCACAGCAUGGAUGAAGACGGUUGGAUACCCAGAAGACUGCGCCACCAUCCCAAAGCAUGUCUUGACAGACACCCUCGAUGUUCUGGUGAAAGCCGGUGUAAUUGUAUCGCCAGCCGAGGGUGGUUUCGAUCUCAACAACUUUGUGGACACGCACGUCGUCAAACUCACGUGAAGCCCUGGAAAGAAGAAUAAACGCAGGUUGUACACUAUUCGUAUGUGUUCCGAUCUCCAAGGUGUAUUCGUUGUAUCGUUAUAUUGGUUAAAUAUGGAUGAUGGACUGCCCACAUCAAGAUCG